AACUACAUGCAUAUGCACAGUAGCAGAAUACUCACUCCCUAUUCAAUCACAUUGAAAGUGUACUGUCCAGCCCUAUAUAGCCUCACAUACCUACAUGUUUAUUUAAGGCUAGCCCUGGUGAUUCAUGCAGGUCUACAUCUACAACAAUUGUAUGCUAACCACAGAAUGCAUACAAAAGUCACAUGCAUGACUGAUAAAGGAGUUUACCCAAUAAUUUGGCUAUUAUGAUUGCAAUGCAUUUUAGAUAGUACAAGAAUAUGGGAUAAUCCAUACCCUGGAAUGGUGAGGCUUCAAGAUGGGGAUUACACUGGUCAAGGAAUAGUACAGGUAUAUUGUAACAAUGAAUGGGCUGCAGUCUGUAAUGAUGCUGAUGAUGUUAUGGAUGACACUGGAUGGACUGUAUGCACUCAACUUGGUUACAAUGCUUUUGAUGUUGAUGCAACGAGCUAUACCGGCAAAGCAUGGUUGAAUAAUGUGGAUUGCAGCACCGAUGAUCCUGAUAAAGAUGUGCCAAGUUGUUUGUCUAAAUGUUCUGGAGGUAAAUGUCCUUCCAGUACUUUCUCAUGCCGUACUGCUCUCAAUGUAACUUGUGCACAUGGUAUUAGAUUUGAUCCAGGUGGUAUCCAAGAUGCUUGUUUUGCUCAUGGUUUAAGUGUUGGAGCUAUUGCUGGCAUUGCAGUGUCUGGUUGUCUGGUUGGAUUUAUAAUUUUAGUUAUACUUGCAACAUUGUGUAUUUGCUGCUGUAAAAGAUGCUGCAGUGCUCCAGCCCCUGUUCAAGGAAGGUCCACAGAAAGAGAUAAUGUCCUAAAUAGAAGAAAUAAUGCUACUAAUUACUCAAGAGUUUGAUAGUAAAAUUGCUGAGUUUGCUGCUGUCCAUUUGUAAAAUGCAUGUCUUUCUCCCCUUGUUUGCUGACUAGUAAUUAUUAAAUGCAUGUAUCUAUUUUUGUUAAAACUUUAUUUGCUGAUAUUAUUCCUUGAGUUGCUUGCAUUAUUAUGGCCCUUUUUAGUUUUCACUGAAUUAUUGCAAGAAUGUAUAAAAUUGUAAA